AUGAAGCGGCUCUUCUCCAAAUCGCAGAAAAGAUCAAGCACCAUUGGAGCUCCUGCCAGUGGUACGGUAGUAUCGAGCUCAUCGUCCUCAACAGCCCCCACAGUUGCGCACGCGAGCAUCGCAGGUCUUCAACCGAGCUUGACUGUUCCACCUGUCCCCCAUCCACGUCCCCACGAGUACAUCUCAGUACUGGUUGCUGAAGAGGGUAUAUUGCUACGUCCCCACUUCCUCGGAUCCGAACCACCUGAAUGUCAUGUUCGUGUCGCCUGGGGGCAGCUCGCGACAGUUGAGGAGGUGGAUGGAGAUGGAAAUGUAGGAGCUGGCUGGGAUGAUGCUCUAGUCAUCUAUGGUGUACUUGGUGUCGUCACUCUUUUCAAUGCCUCAUAUCUCCUCAUAAUCACCUCCAGGUCCGAUAUUGGGCAGUUAUUUGACGACAUCCACAAAGUGUAUGAAGUCAAAGGUGUUUCCGCCAUCCCACUGGUGAAGGAGCGCGCAGAGGUCACUCUCAAUACGCUCAAAUCUCGCAACGCUCUUGCCACUCGUCCGAAUAUCACUGCUGCCAUCUCUAGUGAUGUUGCUAGCUACAUCGGCACUCCCCCGAAUUCUUCGGCACUGGCUGGUCCAGCUCAGCACGUUAAAUUCUCUACACAAACCAAUCCGGAUGUUGAACGGCCCUCGUCUCCUGUUAGUGCGUCGUCGGGCGCCUCGACGCCGACUUCAGAAGACGACACCAUGAAUUCACCCGUCGCAAAGGCCAUUGCUGACCGCCUUUCUUUCUGGAAAAGGCUAUCAAAGCGGUUGACUAACGUACCAGAGUCUAUUGCAGCAGAGGUAGAUCAGCCUCUCCUCGACGAAUCUGAGACUCUUGAGGAGAUCAUUAAGGAGUCUGAGGGCGAGCCGGCCAAGGUCAUUGAUUCUAUAUUGACUGCAACAGCACCUCCACCUGCCUCUGCUGAAGAAAAGCAUAUGGAAUUAGAGGAGAAGGUGCUACGUGAGGUGAUCCGUGAAUUCUCUAAAGGAGGCAUGUACUUUGCCUACAACUUUGAUAUCACUCGCUCUCUGCAGCAUAAACAGGAGCAACAUACCAAAUCCCGACAACAAGAUACCCUUCUUUCCGAUUUAAAUGUCUUGCCGAAGGAUAAGAGCGUCGGCCCUUUAGACGAAAAGGUGGACGUGUUGGCAGAGCCUUUCCCUACUCUGCCUCUAUGGCGCAGGAUAAACCGACAAUUCUGGUGGAACGAAUGGCUAUUAAAGCCGUUUAUUGACGCUGGUUUACAUUCCUACGUUCUCCCGAUUAUGCAAGGGUUCUUUCAAAUAUCCUCCUUUGAGCUUCCGGAAGACCCCUCUGCCCCGGAUGAAGACGUCAUACUACCUAUUGACUAUAUGGUGAUAUCCCGGCGGUCGAGGGAUCGUGCGGGUCUGCGGUAUCAACGAAGAGGAGUUGAUGACGAAGCCCGUGCGGCGAACUUCGUAGAAACGGAGACAAUCAUGAGAGUACAGCGGAAUUCCACAUCAAACAUCUACAGUUACGUGCAAAUACGAGGCUCAAUACCAUUGUUUUGGACGCAGUCAGGUUAUAGCAUGAAGCCACCUCCCCUGUUAUCGCCUGAGCGGACUGCAGACCAGAAUCUAGACGCUUUGAAACGGCACUUCAAAUACAUUGUGCCUAAAUACGGGCCUAAUACUAUUGUCAACCUCGCAGAGCAUCACGGGAAAGAAGGAGCAUUGACUGCUGCUUACCGCACGUAUGCCAAUAAGCUUGAUCCAAAAGAAGUCCGCUACGUUGAAUACGAUUUCCAUCAGGAGACCAAGGGCAUGAAGUAUGAGAACAUAUCACACCUUGUAGAUCAACUAGGCCGCGUUUUUGAAACCCAAGGUUACUAUUGGAUCUCAAACAGCAUGCUCAUGUCAAAGCAGAAGGGCGUUUACAGGGUGAACUGCAUUGACUGUCUGGAUCGUACCAACGUGGUGCAGUCCGCAUUAGCUAGACAUGUUAUGAACUUGCAGCUUGGUGCUGUCGGUUUGCUCAACCAUACAGAAAUGGGCAGAUCGCAAGUAGAUAUGGUUUUUAAUGACGUAUGGGCCAACAACGGCGAUGCCAUUAGUCGCGAAUAUGCCGGAACUUCAGCUUUGAAGGGUGACUUUACGAGGACGGGCAAACGAGACCUUAGCGGCCUUCUCAAUGAUGGCGUCAACUCGUUGGCAAGGAUGUACAGUGCUACAUUCAGUGACUGGUUUAGCCAAACGGUCAUAGACUUCAUGCUGGGAUACCGCACCAUAUCGGUGUUCUCGGAGUUCCUGCUGAAGUUGCAGUCUACUGACCCACGCGAGCUCAUACGCCUGUCCAAGAUUCGCGCAGAAGCCAUUGCCACAUCGGUCGCGCGCGUUUUAGAGGAAGGCGAGAGCCUUCUUUCCGGGUGGACAACGUUUGCCCCUGAAGAGCUCAAUGUGAAGCUUGGAGACAAGUUUGAGGAGAAGAUUUUGCUUCUUAGCGUUCGUGCGUUGUACAUCGUUAGCUAUGAUUAUACCCUGGAGAAAGUCAAGAUGUAUACCCGUGUCCCCUUAGGAGAUAUUGUCAAAAUUACGAAAGGCGCAUAUAUACUAUCUCCCCUGGAAGAAACCAGCCGAGAUCCAGUACAGAAUGCUGGGUUUACGAUCGAAUGGAUCCACAGCAAGGGUGUGACCACGCGGAUGACGACCUACUCCUACAGAAAUCAACUCGAAGACACUCCACCUCCGUCGGCAUCGAUUUUUCCAGCUGCAAAGUCAGGCACCUUGGACAAGCGGUUCUCCACGAUACCCGGACGCUCAUUCGCGCGGACGACUACGCUCUCUCGCAUGAUGUCAAAGGUAUCUGAAGGCUUCUCGAACGAGACCAAUUUUGGAGCAUUCAAGGUGCUGCCUGUGGAUCCUGCCCGUAUACGUCGGGAAUCGACCGCCGGAUAUGCAGAGCCUGCAGAUGAUCUUGCUGGCGCUACGACGUGCAAGGAAGUGGCGGAUUUGAUGGUUGAGACAAUCGCCCGAGCGUGCGAGGACAUUGGAGGGCACCAUGAACAUUUCGUUGUGGAUGAAGACGUCGUCAGUGUAACUGAAGCUCAAAGGCACACAACCAUGUAUGCUAAGAUGGAAUAUGGAAUCAAGAGACUGUUGUGGCUAGGAGGCUAAUUGUGCAACUAAACGACGGUCUUUGCGGACUUGAUACUCAUGUAGAUACACAGAUCAAGAACCAAUUUGCAACAUCUACUAUACCACAAUAUAUUUUUGCAAGAC